UUUUGUAACCUCAAUAGUGGCAAACUUCUACUGUUAAUUCCCGUUUUGCGGGGCAGAGCGACACUUUUUUUUAGCUAGAUUUGUUUGUUUCAUGAAAACCACAUCAAUUUGUAUGUUUUUUUAUUAACUUUUGUGAUUGUGAUUGCUAAAUUGAGGAAUUACCUUUUUUCAAGCUGUUAUCAUGGGAUCUAGAUUAAGAGAAAAUGUCAAACAACUUUUUGAAUGUUUCUGUGAAGUAGCUGCACCAAUAAGGGAGAAGCCAGCUUGGAUUCUCCAAAAAUAUCCCAAUUCCUUUUCAGAUGAAGAAAUAUUGAAAUCUGUUCCUAAAUUUGCAUAUCCUUGUGAAUUUGAGAAUUUAUUAGUACAACAUUUUUCAUUUGUGCUCACUAGCAUAGAUUCAAAAUGGACUUUUGGAUUCUGCCGUCAUGAUCCCAAAACAGAAACGGCUUUAGUAGUCUUAAGCACCCUCCCAUGGCACGAAACGUUUUACAAACUUUUGAAUCAUAUUGCAUCUUUAACCAGCAAUGCUAGUGGAGAAGAUCCCUGGAAAUUUCUUGAAAUUAUAUAUACUUGUGGGGUUCCAGUACCUGGAAACUCCAUAUCUAUCCCUUUACCAAAUUCUACAGCGAAUUUUAUUUGUCAAAGCCCAAAACAGUUUCAAUUACCUAGUAUUCCUGAAAAUAGAAACUUGACUGAAUAUUAUAGUGCUGUAGAUUCGUACAAUAUGAUGAUGAUAUUCGCAUCUAUGUUAUACGAACGCCGUAUUAUUUUCAUUUCGAAACGUCUAUCGAGGUUGAGUGCAUGUGUACAAGCAUGCAAUGCUUUAAUUUAUCCAAUGAUUUGGCAACAUAUAUACAUCCCUGUUCUGCCGUUAUCAUUAAUAGAUUAUUUAUUAGCGCCUAUGCCAUUCUUAAUUGGAGUACCUACCCUAACGCUUCAGAAAGUACCGAAGAGUGAUUUAGGAGAAGUUGUUAUAUUAGAUGCUGAUAGUAACACAAUUGAGUCACCAUUUCAAGAUUUGGAGUCUUUACCUCAAGAUGUAGUGACGAAUUUAAAGAAAGCGUUACGCAAUAGAUCGGCUCUUCUUGGAGAUGGCGUAUCAAGGGCAUUCCUGCGGGCAUUAGUGCAAUUAACCGCAGGUUAUAGAGAAGCAUUAACUUUACAGCAGGGUGAGCGUAUCACGUUUAAUCAAAAUGCAUUUGUUGAGAGUAGGCCAUCUUCCAUGCAACCCUUUUUACGAAAAAUGUUAGAAUUACAAAUUUUCCAACAAUUUAUAGAAGAAAGAUUAAAUAUGCUUAAUUCAGGACUAGGCUUCUCAGAUGAAUUCGAAAUGGAAGCCUGCAGUUAUUCGGCCAAAUCAAGUAGUAAAUUUAUGCAGCAAUAUAGGGAAUGGACUUACACUAUGCGAAAAGAGAGCUCCGCAUUUUUCCGUAGUGUAAAAGAUAAGGCCAAUCCAGCAGUAAAAUAUGCUGUUAGAUCAGUGAAAGAUAGAGGCAAAGAUAUGAAAACGGCAUAUAAAGGAUUGAAAUGGAAAGGACGAUUGAAUAGAAGCGAAACUAAUAUGAGGUUUCAUCAGCCACGAUCAGCUCCCAGCUCACCUACAUUAGAUAGAAGACCUAUUGGAUUUACGUCCCCACCAAAAUCUCCAAAUGGUGUGUCAGUGGCAAUUAAUUGCCGAAAAGAUUUACGUUCGAGGAAUAAUAAUUUCACUGAUACAAGUAGAAAACAGUACUCACCUUUAAAUCCUAGUUCCCCUGAAGAAUCCGACUCUCCAUUGGAGCGUAUAAAUAUAGAUCUUAUGCACGAACUUCAAGAUGUGAUAUUUCCAAAUAUCCCGCCUGUGGAUAAGAUGGAUUCUUCUGACGUCCCAGAUUUAAUACGGUUAGAUUCAAUAAACAGCAACGACGAUUUCGAUCCGCUACUAUCUAAAUCUUCCGAAUUUUCGAGCACAAAACAGAUGAGUCAAUCAUUACAUUUACCUGAAAUGGGCGAAGGUCUUAGUAACCCCUUGUAUCCUUAUUUUCAACAACCAUCGCACAAAAUUAAUGACAAGCCAAAGGCCUCCGAUAAUGUGGGUGAUACGGAUUUAUUACAAGCGUAUGGUAUAGAUUUUAGUAAAUUUAACUUAUCUAAUGGUGAUAAUUCAUCAACAAUAAACACUGCUGCUUGUAAUCAAAGUGACAACAGUAUUAAUGAUACAAUGGACACAUUCAGUUUAACAUUGGAUGCACCUACCAUUAAAUCACAAAAUAAUUGGACGAAGUUUGAGUAAAUUAUGUGUAAGUGCGUGCGCGUGCGUAUGUAUGUAUUGUACAUACAUACAGGGUAAUAAUUAAGUACUCUAAAAGAUUUUAAGGGGUAAUUCCUCACAAUCGUCAUAUUAAAUUACGUUGAAAACUUCCAUAUGACUACAUAUAUAUCUGAGACAGCUUAGUUUCAAGAAUACAAAAUGUCAAAGUUGAAGAAAAAAUUUCGUUUUUUCUAAAAAUUUUAAAAGCCAUUCUAUCUAUUUUGAUGGAUAAACAAAUAUGUUCGGACAUAUUGUCAUAUUUUUGGACAUCAUUUCGGAUAUAUCGUCAUAUUUUCGUCUUGAUUUAGUAUGAGAAAUCGCCUCUUGAAACCUUUAAAAUACUUAAUUACUAUGUAUAUAUACACACAUAUUAUAAUUGUAAAUACAGCAUUAAUAUCUUUUUAUACAUUAUGCAUUUAGAAAUCUUUACAUUAAGGGAAUGCUGAAGCAUGACCGAACUUGAUCGACGUCGAUAAUACAGACUUCCUAAGUAGCUCACAGCGCUUACAAAGCAUUAACAAAGCAUUAAAAUAAUAUAUUGCAACGCUAACUUUUGCAUCUAGUAUCUACUAAACACAAUUAAUACUCUGUUUUACUCUUCGCAUCGAUUUUGUUCAUAGUAUACAAAUGAAAUUUUCAAAUUCUUCUUUCUCUUAU